CGGAUUGGCGUCCCUGCGGGGCCGGCCGGCGAAUCUGGCCCGGGGCCAAGCGGCGACGGCGGGGAUGCCUCCCCUCCCGAGAGGGCGGCGCGGGGAUCGGAGCCGGCGCUGCUGAACGUUCCCGCGGGUCGCCCUGCGUGGGUCUCCUCCUCCUCCUCCCGCGCCUGGGUGGAGCCUCCCCUUCGCCGGCGGGAGGAGGCGCGAAUGCUCGGCUUUCCCCCCAAACAGCCGGCUGACUAUCGGCGGGAGGAGCCGGGCGGGGAAGCCACGAGGAUGCCGCUGGGGGCCGGCCGGAGCUGGGGGUGAGUCCGGGCAGGGGGCCGGCCCGACGUGCAUGGCAGGAGGGAGGGCCGCGCGGCUGGGGAGACGUCGGGUGGGGCGGCAGGCGGCACGCCUCGACCCCCUGGCGCUGAGCGAGCAGCUCCGGCUCUUCCUUCCUCCAGAAAUGCUGCAUCAUGAACCCGACGACGACCCGGGGCUGAGCCCGAAGCGGCCGGAGAGCGGCUCCCCCGGGGCCCGUUAGCAGCCCCGAGGCGGAAAGGGAGGAAAAGCCGGAGGGAGACCCUCCUCCCGACCCCCUGCCCUGUCAAUCCGGCCCGGGUUGAGCCCCCCCUCCCCUCCGCAGGACGGCGAUGCUUCGGCUGUAGAGUCCGGGCAGGGCGGGGAAUUCCGGUCCCGCGAAGAGACGCCUAGUGCCUGCAAAGCGGAGGGAGGAGGGGAAGAGGAGGAGGAGGAGGAGGACUGGCCCCUCCCCGCCCCGUCCCUCCGAGCAUCUCGUCCGACAACUCUUCAACUUCUCGGCCAGUCGACGGAGCCGCUUCUCCGGGCCGGCGGCGAGAACUUCUGCCCAGGCGGCCCGUCGGUGCUCUUGGCUGGGUCCGCUUUCUCCGCAGCGACUGAAAACAAACGGGAGCCGACGUGCGUCAAGCUAACCAGCCGCGGGAGUUGCCGAGCAACGGGACGCCCGGAAAGCCUGAGCCGGGGAUCAAAGCGGAGGGGCUGCCGUCGGCUUCGGAAGGGUCGGACGCUCCCGCCGCUGUCGGCCGUCCGCCUCGCCCGGGGCGCCUGGUGCUGCGUGGCGGCCGGAGGGUGCCCCCUUGGCCGGCUCUCGCGGAGCUCCCCAUGCUGCUGUUGCCGCGGAAGUGGCCGGGCUGGCCGGCGUCGGCGCUGCGGCUGCCGCAGAAGUUCUUGUUCCUGCUCUUCCUCUCGGGCCUGCUCACGCUCUGCUUCGGCGCCCUCUUCUUGCUGCCUGACUCCUCCCGCGUCAAGCGCCUCUUCCUGACCCGCCACGGCGGAGCCGAGCUGGAAGCGCCCCGCAGCCCUCCGCCGGGACCCGGCCCGGCCCGCCACCUGCCCGCCAACGCCAGCCCGCCCGCGGCACCGCCGCCGCUGCCCUCGCGCCACCUCCGGGACCCUGCCGACCUCCCGCCCGACGCCUCGCACUCGGAGCCGGCCUCCCGACGGACCCGACCGCCGCGCCUCCCGCCCGCCGAGCAGAGCGCCUCGGCGCCCCCCUUGCAGCAGACGAGCGCCCCGUUCCUCUUCGACUACGCCGCGUUCCGGCAGCGCCUCCGCCACCCGGUGCUGGGCGGCGAGAGAGGCGGCACCGAGGAGCCCGACACCCGCGCCCGCCGGCUGAAGAUCAAGGAGAUGAUGAAGUUUGCUUGGGAUAACUACAAGCAGUUCGCUCUGGGGAAAAAUGAACUGAGACCUCUCACGAGAAACGGACAUAUCGGGAACAUGUUUGGAGGCCUCCGGGGAGCCACCGUGGUGGAUGCUUUGGAUACCUUGUAUGUCAUGGAGCUGCAGGAAGAAUUCCAGGACGCCAAAGAUUGGGUGGAGAAGAGCUUUGACUUGAACGUGCAGAAUGGCGAAGCUUCCUUAUUCGAAGUGAACAUCCGCUAUGUUGGAGGACUUCUGUCUGCGUAUUACCUGACAGGCGAAGAGGUCUUCAAGAGCAAAGCUCUAGAACUUGGAGAGAAACUUCUCCCCGCCUUUAACACACCAACAGGAAUCCCACGAGGAGUCAUCAACCUGGGCAGUGGCAUGAGCUGGAGCUGGGGAUGGGCAUCCGCAGGAAGCAGCAUUUUAGCUGAAUUUGGGAGCCUCCACUUAGAGUUUAUGCACCUUUCGGAACUGUCUGGAAAUCCCAUAUAUGCUGAAAAAGUGAUGAACAUCCGCAAAGUCCUGAAUAGAAUUGAGAAACCUCACGGGCUUUAUCCGAAUUUUCUCAGUCCGGUCACAGGGAACUGGGUACAGCAUCACGUCUCUGUCGGUGGCCUUGGGGACAGUUUUUAUGAAUAUCUCAUCAAAUCUUGGCUCAUGUCAGAUAAGCAAGAUAGCGAAGCAAAAAACAUGUAUGAUAAAGCUCUGGAGGCCAUAGAAAAGCACCUUGUCAAAAAAUCGCCUGGUGGGCUAACCUAUAUUGCCGAAUGGCGAGGAGGCAUCUUGGAUCAUAAAAUGGGGCACUUGGCUUGCUUUUCUGGUGGUAUGAUAGCCCUUGGAGCGGAACACGCCCUGGAAGAACAGAAACAGCACUAUUUGGAUCUAGCUGGGGAAAUAACACACACUUGUCACGAAUCUUACAUUCGCUCAGAUACCAACCUGGGCCCUGAAGCAUUUCGUUUUGAUUCUGGAGCGGAAGCGAUGGCCACACGACUCAGUGAUCGUUAUUACAUCCUGCGCCCCGAGGUUGUAGAGAGCUACUUCUACUUGUGGAGGUCGACACAUGACCCCAAGUACAGAGAGUGGGGUUGGGAAGCUGUCCAAGCACUGGAGAAAUUUUGCCGAGUAGAAGCUGGUUUCUCUGGAAUCCGCGAUGUGUACACAACCACCCCAAGCCACGACAACAUGCAGCAGAGCUUUUUUCUGGCAGAGACACUAAAGUAUCUCUAUCUUCUGUUCUCUGAAGAUGACGUGCUCUCUCUCGAGGACUGGGUGUUCAACACUGAAGCUCACCCGUUGCCUGUGAAUCACACAGAUUUUGUCCUGAAGACAAGAAUGCAGUAGGAGCAACUCGGCCCUUCUGGGUUCUGCCAAAGGAUCCCGAGGGGUUGCUUGCAUUUUUUUUUUCUUCUCCUUUCCAGCAAAGGAAUGCACAUAUUCCCAGAAAGGUAUUUUGGGGGCAUUCGUCCAAUUCCGGACAGUAUUAUAUCGGGGAGUAUAAAAAAACUGAAUCAAGCACCUUCAUGGGUUUUUUUUUUUCCUCUGUGAGGAAACUUAUAACCUGAUAAUUGGAUGUUGAUUACGGGCCAUAAGACAAGACAAAAUCGCGGACGUUCCUUUCUAUGAAGAAUUUCUAUGGAAUCCACUGACUUUCGCUUUUGCGUGGCCAAAGGAUCAGGAGUUUGCCAUAAAAUAGAUGUCAGUUUGUGCCACUCUUCUUGCCCCAAACUUGCUCCCUCCUUUUUUAUAUACCAUUGAUUUCGCCCUCCACCUUUCUGAUCUUUUUUUUUUUUUUAAAGCAGUACACAUCUCAAGAGGUUCUGGUUAAGAAAUCUUUCUAAAUCCCACACAUUUCUUUCUUUGCUCACCCUUUCCUCACCCGUCUUUCCAUUCUCUUCAAAUGUUUGCCAGCUGUCGUUUUCUUUUUUUUCCUUUUUUCCCCACCCUGCAUUUUGCUUUUUUCACUUUCCUUUGGUUUUUUUUUUUUCCUUUUCAUCUGGAGCAAAACCUUAUGAGGCAUUUGUAAUGAUUUCAUUUCUGUAAUGCUCAGAUGUGAAAAAUAAAAUAAAAAUUUCAUGUCGGCUAAAAAAAAAA